AUCACAAAUCAUAAAAUCUCCAUUUUACACUCACCAUGAAGCUUGUCUGGUCGCCUGAAAACGCCUCUGACGCUUACAUCGACACCGUUAGAUCGUGUAAGAGCUACAAGGAAUCAGGAGUAUCGGAGUUUUUAUCAGCUACGGCGGCUGGAUGGAACGCGAGGCUAAUCGUUGAGACUUGGUCACGCGGCGAUCCAAUUGCGACUAGCGUCGGACUCGCGGUUGCUGCAACUCACACGUGCGGAAGACACGUUUGUAUAGUACCUGAUGAGCAGUCUAAAUCGGAGUACGUGUCGGCCAUGAGAGAAGUCGUUACCUCGGAAGUUACGGAGGUUGUGGUGGUCGGAGAAUCUGUGGAGAACGCGGUAGAGGAGUUUCCCGGCGUAGAUUUCAUGGUGGUGGACUCGAAGCACCGCGACUUCGUUAGAACACUGAGGUUUGCGAAAUUGAGCAACAAUGGUGCCGUUUUGGUGUGUAAAAACGCCACGCAAGGAGCGAUGUCUGGUUUUAAAUGGCCCGAUGUGUUGAAAAGAGGGACACGUGUUGUGAGAUCCGUGAUUUUACCGGUAGGGAGUGGGUUAGAUAUCGCACACGUGGGAGCCUCUGGUAGCCAUCAGCGUGGUGACUCGAGGAAGCGUACUAGCCGUUGGAUUAGACACGUAGAUCAUCUAUCGGGUGAGGAGCAUUUGUUCAGACGCUAACCUACUUUUUCCUGUUUUUACUCUUUUGCGCUACUUCAUUUUGCAUUUUUGCGAGUCAUAGUCAUAUGAUGUAUAUAGAUAAUAGAUUACAAUACUUGAAAUAAUUUUCCACAAGACUCCAUAUCAUGUUGUGUUCACACGAUUACACGAAUGUAAAAUUCUUUAACAUCACAACUUCAAAC